AUGGAUUUGCUUUCCCAUUUUCUAGCUAUUGUAGGCAUUUUAGCUUUAGUUGUCACCUAUGGUUUAACGAGAGGUAAAGGGAAUAGUUGUGAUAGUAAGCGUAUUGAUGCCCCUGAAGUAGCCGGGUCAUGGCCUUUUAUCGGUCACCUCCAUCUUCUAGGGGGCAAAGUGCACGUUGUGCGGCUACUCGGCGCCCUGGCCGACAAAUAUGGUCCAAUUUACACACUCCGGCUCGGUUCUCGCCAAGCACUGGUGGUGAGUAGUUGGGAGAUGAUCAAAGAGUGCUUCACUACAAAUGACAUAGUUUUUGCAUCACGACCAACUAUGGCAGUAGGGAAGUGCUUCUAUGACUACGCUGUUUUUGCACUAGCGCCUUACGGACCAUAUUGGCGUGAUGUUCGCAAAAUGGUCACUCUAGAGCUCUUAACGAACCACCGGCUAGAGAAGUUUAAGCAUGUCCGAGCAUCAGAAGUGGACUACACCAUUAAAGAUCUCUACCUUUUGUGCACAAGAAAUGCGAGUCUUCAAACCAAGGUGGCCAUAGACAAAUCGUUGAAGGACUUGACCAUGAACAUAAGUAUCAGACUACUAGCUGGGAAACGAUUUUCAGCUAGCAGUGAUGGGAAGAACAAGAACGAUACUGAAGAUUUGCAUCUCAAAGAAUCCAUAGAGAAAGCGUUGUAUCAUAGUGGUGUUUUCGUGGCGUCCGAUUUCAUCCCAAGUCUUGAGUGGAUGGAUAUUGGAGGGCAUGUCAAGGCUAUGAAGAAGGUUGUUAAGGAAGUUGACAAAGUCACUGGAAAAUGGCUGGAAGAACAUAUUCAGAGGAGAAAAGAAUGUGAUCAGACUAAUGGAGAUGGUGACUUCAUGGAUGUCAUGUUGUCUACCCUUCCAGAGGAUGCCACAAUGUCUGGCCACAAACGUGAUAUCAUCAUCAAGGCAACAACCCUGAUUCUUAUAAUGACUGGCUCGGAAAGUACAGCUGACACACUAAUAUGGGCUGUCUCUUUACUAUUGAGCAACCGCCAGAUCUCCGGUAGAAGAAUGUGCCCUGCGGUCACGUUUGGGUUGCAAGUGGUUCAACUGACCCUCGCUCGUCUGCUUCAUGGGUUUGAUAUAUCAACACCAAUGGGCAUGCCGGUGGACAUGUCCGAGGGCUUGGGCCUUUCCUUGCCCAAGGCCGAACCAGUCGAUGUCAUCCUCACUCCUCGGCUUCCUUUGGAGCUCUAUCAAAAUCUCUGA